UUGGUCACCGUGGAAGAGUAUGACCACUACCCUCCAAGGAAUAUACCCACGAUUACUGAACAAAAAAAUAAUAAUAAUAAGCUCUAUGUGGCAACGUACAAUGUCAGGUCCCUUUCAUCAUACGAACGACUGAUAGAACUGCAUGAGGCCUUAAUGGGGGUGAAGUAUGAUAUCAUUGGCAUAUCAGAGGUCAGACGAUUGGGCAGUAAAAUAGAAGAAUACGAGGACUUCAUUCUAUGCUAUAUGGGAGAGACUCCAGGAAAACACGGUGUUGGCUUUCUGAUAAAUAUAUCUCAAAAACAAAACGUAGAAGGCUUUACUGCAGUCACAGAAAGAGUCGCAUUAUUAAAUCUCAACAUACAAGGAUACAACAUAAGCAUUAUACAAGUAUACGCGCCUACUGAGUCAGCGGAUGAUGAGGAGAUCAAUAAAUUUUACGAAUCGAUAGAUAAAGCCAUGAAGUUCGCCCAUAAAAACCUAAUUGUUAUGGGAGAUUUUAAUGCAAAGAUUGGUCAGCCCCGAAAAGACGAAUAUUUAAUAACAAAAAGAUAUGGUUAUGGACAAAGAAAUGAAAGAGGUCUGAGAAUGAUAAAUUUUGCUUUUGAAAAGAAACUAUCGAUUAUCAAUACAUACUUUAAGAAAAAACCAAGCCGUAGAUGGACUUGGCGAUCUCCAAAUGGUCAGUAUAAGAAUGAAAUAGAUUACAUAACAACUAACCAACCAAAAAUAUUUCAAAAUAUAGAAACAUUAAAUUUAAAUUAUUCAUCAGACCAUAGACUAGUCCGAAGCACAAUUAUCCUAUCAAAACCUCAUAAGAGUAGAGCCACAUACAUAAGCAAACAAAACAGUACUCUAAAAAAUAACGAAGAUAUAAAGGAAUACAAAAAUAGUCUUGAAAACCAUCUGUUAAAGUGGACCAAAAUAGAUACCGUACAACAUUGUUAUGAUUCACUGAUAUACGCUAUAAUGCAAAGCCUGGAAACCAAAAAAUCAAUACCACAAUCCACUAUGAAUCAUAAAGUUUUAUCAGAAAGAACAAUAUCGCUUUUAAAGAGAAGACAAGUACUACAAAAAACCAAAAAUAAAUCCCGUACCCAAAGAAACGAGCUUAGCGCUCUAUAUAAGUUAACGAGCAAAUAUAUCAAGCUUGACUACAAAAACUACAGGGCGAAUACUAUAGAAAAACAUCUUAAGCAAGAUGGGAGUCUGAAAAAAGCUAUUAAGGAACUACGAACUAAUAGAGCCUGGAUUGAAGGUUUGAAACAGCUGGGGAGAACAUCACACAAACGCAAAGAUAUAAUCGAUAUUGCAACAAACUUUUACCGGGAAUUAUACAGCGCCAAAUCAGAUGCACCGCUUCCUACUACUGAAAUCAGCCAGUAUAAUGUAGAGACAUUGGGUACGAGUAUUAAAAACGAAAUUCCACCGAUCGAUGAAAUAGAAAUUCUUCAAGCAAUAAAGAGAUUAAAAUUGGAUAAGUGUCCAGGGCCAGAUAAAGUCACCAACGAGGCUAUAAGGUACGGAGGAACUCUACUGGCCAUGCCAUUGGCGCACCUAUUUAACCUCAUCUUGGAAACGGCAACUAUACCUAUACAAUGGACCGAAUCAAACAUAAUUUUACUAUAUAAAAAAGGAGACUCCCAUGAUAUUGGCAACUACAGACCUAUUAGCCUUUUACCGACUCUAUAUAAAUUAUUUUCUUCGAUCAUUAAUAAGAGAAUAAGCGAAACAUUAAACACAUGGCAACCUGUAGAACAGGCAGGCUUUCGCAAAGGAUUCUCUACAAUAGAUCACAUACACGCCCUAGAACUAGUUAUUGAAAAGUACCAGGAAAGACACAGACCACUCUACAUCGCCUUUGUUGACUAUCAAAAAGCAUUCGAUACAAUAUCCCACACGAGUAUCUGGGAAGCCUUAAAAGUACAAAAAGUAGAAAAGGAAUACAUAGAUGUUAUAAGAAACAUUUAUAGUAAAAGCACUGGCAAAGUAAAGUUGGAAACGAUUGGCCAAAGCUUUCCUAUUAAGAGAGGAGUAAGGCAAGGCGACCCGCUAUCGCCAAAUCUUUUUAUAGCUGUACUGGAAACCAUCAUAAGAAAACUGGAUUGGAAUAAAUGUGGUCUAAACAUUAAUGGCAGAUACCUAAGCCAUCUAAGAUUCGCAGACGAUAUAGUGUUAUUAUCAGAAACUAGCUGUGGCCUGCAAUACAUGUUAGAGACCCUCAAUAUAAGUAGCAGACAAGUGGGAUUGGAGAUGAACCUGUCAAAGACGAACCCUAUGACAAAUAACAUCAAGAAGUGUAUCAGGUUAGAAAAUAGAGCGCUGGACUACGUGGAUGAAUAUAUCUAUCUUGGAAAACAAAUAAGUUUCAAAACGAACAGCAAUGAAGUGGAGAUACAGCGCAGAAUAAAAAUCGCGUGGAACAAAUAUUGGAGCCUAAAAGAAGUAUUUAAAAGCAACAUGUCGAUAAAGCUCAAAACAAAAACUAUGGACUCAUGCAUUCUGCCCUCUCUAACGUAUGGUUGCCAGACGUGGAAAAUUACGAAGAAAAUUAAAAACAAAAUUAGUUCAUGCCAGAAAGGAAUGGAACGUAGCAUGUUGAACAUAAAGAAAAUACACAAAAUACGACACACGAAAAUACGAAACUAUACCAAAGCAAUAGACGCGCUGGCUUACGCUCAAAUACUAAAAUUCAGAUGGGCCGGUCAUAUAGCCCGAUACGUGGACAACAGAUGGACCAUACAUGUAACCACAUGGAAGGGCCCGCCAGGCAAACGCCGAGCAGGGAGACCCUACAUGAGAUGGGAGGAUGACAUAAAGAAGAUCGCAGGAACAAACUGGUUACAAAUAGCAAAAAAUAGAGAAAAAUGGAAAUCCUUGGAGGAGGCCUUUACCUGA